AUGGCACCACCCUCCAAUACUGCCAAGCCAGAUGCCAAGCCAGCAGCAUCGACUGUGAAGCGAAGCGCUGAUGGCUCAGCCACUGCCCCUGUUGCCAAGAAGCCCAACACAGCGAACCCUCAGCAAUCGCAGCUUCAGCAGCAGAUCCAACAACAGCUUCAGGCCCAACUCCAAGCGCAGCUCCAAGCUGCUGCUGCUCGUGGUCAACAAGCUAACAUUACCCCAGAGCAGAUUCAAGCACAAGCCCAAGCCAUGGUCCAAGCAGCCGCACAGGCGCAGGCAGUCGUUGCCGCUGCAAAGUCUAGAGGUGAUGGUCUUGUACCAAUGAACUCGGCUCAGGUGGCUGCAUUAUCCCAGAUUCAGGCGCAGGCAAUAGUCAAUGCCCGCAAGUCACAAGGGACCCCCCAGCAAAUUCAAACACAGAUUCAGCUGCAAGCCCAAGCAUUGGUGCAUGCUCACACUCAAGCGCAAAUCGCUGCCGGUAUUUUCAAGGGAGACGAAGUUUCAUCAUCACCAGCUCCAGCCCCUGCUGCCAAGCCUCCGCCUUCAGCUCCAAUGUCUGACUCGAGAGCUCGGGCUAUCGGUGGAUCCGCAAUGGAUUCGUCAAAAAGCAUUCCAAAUCCAGUCAUGGUCUCGUCAUCAACGACAAUGGCCAUGGAUGGUUCAACUAGCAUUGUGCCACAAGCACCCGCACCAUCCUCCUCUAGUCCACAAUUCUUGGCGCAGCUCAACUCUAGCCUGAAUUCAUUCUGGAAGGAGCAGUUGAAGGUGGUCCAGACUUACAAGCAACAGACGGAACAAGACUUUAAGACACAUAAUGAUCUUCCCCUCGCUCGUAUCAAGAGAAUCAUGAAAUCUGACGAAGACGUCCGCAUGAUUUCUGCUGAAGCUCCUGUCUUGUUUGCCAAGGCGUGCGAACUCUUUAUUCUGGAUUUGAGCAUUCGAAGUUGGAACUACUCCCAACUUCACAAGCGAAGAACUCUCCAAAAGGAGGACAUUCGUGAGGCCAUUCAAAAGACAGAUAUUUUUGAUUUCCUGGUGGACGUCAUCUGA